AGCUGUUUUGUGUUGAGAUCUUCACCACACACGCAAGCGAUUUACGACUUCGAUUCUGUAGGCUCAGUGUAGAAUUUGGGUUCGAUUGGGAAAUUAGAUCUGCUUGAUCAUUCAGAAACUGUACAACAUAAUCAAGGCCUUGUCUUUGGGAUUUCCGAGAGAUAAGCAAAGAAUUUCUUGGAUAGUUAGAAAUAGGAAAACUAAUUUUGAAGGUGAAAAAGUUCACGAGUGAAGAGUUAAGAGAGAGGGAACAGGGAAGGGGGGGCGGGGGGGAGGCUGCUGAUGUCUUUUGACGAAGAUAACAAGCAAUGGAUUUGUGGAAAGGCCGGGACAGUGAGUCUACAUCGAGUCAGUUGUAUUGUUCGCGACAUUGGGGAGCCUUGUCUUCAUCAAUCACCUAUAAAGGUUGUUAUAGCUAUAAGUAAAAUGCUUAAGCCAGACAAGUGGCAGGCCACCUUUGACAGUGAUGGGAAGGUUUUUGGUUUUCAGAAAGCACUGAAGUCAAUUAUUCUGGGGGGUGUGGAUCCAUCUAUAAGGCCAGAAGUUUGGGAGUUUCUUCUGGGAUGUUACACUUUGAGCAGCACUGCAGAGCAUAGAAGGCAGUUGAGAACUGCCCGGAGGGAGCGUUACGGAGAUCUUAUCAAUCAAUGUCAGAUGAUGCAUUCAAGCAUAGGUACAGGUUCUCUUGCUUAUGCUGUGGGGUCUAAAGUCAUGGAUAUGAGGACAAUGUCCAAAGAUGGUGGUAGAAGUGAACCUCAGGUCAAAAGUAGACAUGCUUCAGAUAAUGCAAAGAGAUUGGAGAAUUACUGUGAUUGGGAUAAUAAUUGUACAGACACACCAUAUGCAUGUGAAGGGGAAAGCUCUAGUGAUUCAGCUGACCUUGCCAGUGUUAGAGGGAGCACGGAUAGUGCAGCAUAUGACUCCUCUUGUUUUAUACCUACUUCUGGUCCAUACAACUGCCAUUCCCCCAAACUUGGGAGUGAAGCACAUGGAUCACAAUAUGUAACUGAAAGUUAUUUUGAUUUUCCGCCCUUACCUGUUACAGAUUUGUUUGAGAAGAAUGGCAAAGAUGGGAAAGGACGUGAAUUCCAUGACAAUAGACUUUCUACACGGCGUAAAUUGCAAUUUGAAGAUGAUCAUAUGCAUAGUUUUCAAAUUAAUAACAAUGUAGAUCUAAUUAUGGAAUCAAAUGGUUCCUCAUAUAAUGAUGUCUCACGUCCUAUUAACUGUGAAAUUGAGAUGGUUCAUUCUGAUGCCCAUGAUCCUGCAUCAUCAUGGUCCAGUAAUCUGGAACAUAAAACAGAGAUAAUUAACGAACUAAGAAUAUCGGAUGUGCCAGAUACACCAUCUAUAAAUGCAACCACGUCUCAAGGGGGGCCUGUUAGUGAGGACAGAGUAUCCGAAUGGCUUUGGACACUGCAUCGAAUAGUUGUUGAUGUGGUCAGAACAGAUAGUCAUCUUGAGUUCUAUGAGGAUUCAAAAAAUUUAGCUCGAAUGUCAGAUAUUCUUGCUGUUUAUGCAUGGGUUGAUCCUGCAACAGGGUACUGCCAAGGUAUGAGCGAUUUGCUUUCGCCCUUUGUUGUUCUUUUUGAGGACAAUGCUGAUGCUUUUUGGUGCUUUGAGAUGCUUUUAAGGAGAAUGCGUGAAAGCUUUCAGAUGGAAGGACCAACUGGUGUGAUGAAGCAGUUGCAAGCACUGUGGCGUAUCUUGGAGAUCACAGACAAAGAAAUGUUUGCUCACCUUUCACAUAUAGGUGCUGAAAGCCUUCAUUUUGCCUUUAGGAUGCUGCUGGUACUCUUCCGCCGGGAGUUAACUUUCAAUGAGGCUCUUUGUAUGUGGGAGAUGAUGUGGGCUGCUGAUUUUGAUGAAUCUGUGUCUUGCAAUUUAGAGGAGAACUGCCUGGAGCCAUUAGUAAUAGAGAUUCCCAGGGAAUCAGGUGCCGAAAUGGGAGAAGAAAGCGUUGAGAAUGUAAAGGGUAAUAUAAAAGGUGUCUUACAAUCAAAUCAUGGAAAUGGAGAUCCCUCCAUAGCUGACAGCAGUGGAAUAAAAUCAGCAUCAACCCAUUCCUUUUGUGGAUUGACAAGAAAUUUCUGGUCAAAAAAUGAUCGCUUGCAUAUGUGCACAGUAGUAUCAUCUAGAAGGAAUGGUGAUGAUGAAUUACCUGUCUUUUGUGUAGCGGCAAUUCUUUUCACAAAUCGUCAGAAAAUAAUCAGAGAAACCAAUUCAAUUGAUGAUCUGAUAAAGAUAUUCAAUGAUAGAAUGCUUAAGAUCAGGGUCAAGAGAUGUGUUAAUACAGCCAUCAAACUCCGGAAAAAGUAUUUCUACAAGCUGAUCAAGAGCAGGAGCCCUGCAUCUCAGCACAAUGACUAGGGUAGCUUGGUUUCCCAUAUAUUUGUACGAAAGAUGCUCAACUUGGCACUUGAGUUGGUAGAGCUGUAAAUUCCAGUUUCAAGUCUGGGUGACAUGACCGAAUUUUGUUAUUUUAACUUUUAAUGAGGAGCAUAUAGUGAA